AUGGCGGAGCUCGCGGGGCGGUUUGCCGUGCAGGGAAUCCGCCACGACGUGGCCAGCGGGGGGCUUUGGUGCGCCCUCUGCACGCGGUAUGAGACGGCCUCCCCGGGGAAUAACCCCAAAAGUGAAGUAACAGAGGAGGAGGAGGAGGAGGAGGGAGGUGUCACUACAGGAAAAGGUAAAGAGAAGGAGAAGGGAGAUGUAACAACAGGAAAGAGAAAAGAUAAGGGGGAGGGAGGUGUAACAACAGAGAAGUGGAAAGGGACGAAUAAGACAACGAACGAGGAGGAGGUGGGGAGGAAUAAGGAGGCGGCGGCGACCAGGAAAGCGGGGGAGGGUUCUUUUCACCUCGCGCGGGUUCCCCCUACCAUGGCGGGGGUCCUCGACCACUGCGGCGAGCGGGAGCAUCUCCGGCGCUAUGAGGCCCAUCGCGUCGGGGGGGCCCUCGCGCACUGGUGCGGAGUCGAACUCAACGGCAAGCCUAUUUUACUUGACCAUCACUGCCUUUACCCCGCGCAGACCUUCGGCGCGGGGCGAUUCCUCCUUGACGAAACCCUCGCCGGGGGGGCUUUGCUCGGUGUGGAUGUCUGCGGGGGGGUCCAACUCCGGGGGUUUCAUAAAUACACCCUCGUCGCGCUGCUCCCAUCCUCCGCGAGGGCUUUCACACACGAGAUUGACCUCCCCCCCCGGGUCCGAAUCUUUUAUAAUCCGGAAAGGCCGCUUUCGCAGUCGAUCAAAUUUCCAGCGUCAACCUCGUCAUCAACGCUUAGUGUCGUAAAACGCGCCCGAACGCCUGCCUCCAUCUUGGAUAGAAAUAUUUCCGAAAGUGGUGCUUCGUCUUCGAUGGAGAGGUCGGAUGUGUUUCAGAAUGGGAUAAAGACGUUGCCGAGCUUUUACAAGGAGGGUCGACGCGGUUGUAGUAAAAAAGCACGCUCAAGCUAUCUGAAGGAAGUGCUGAAUGGGGUGAACGCGUCGAUUAUCGGCGAAGCAAAGCUACGCAAUCAACGGAAGAAAAAUUUUAUUGAGUUUAACUGCUGA